AUGAACGGCAUCUACAACAUGAUCCCCUUCAUGUCGCAGAUGAUCGCCAAGCUGUUCGUGGUCUCGCUGGCGAAUUGGUUGAAGGCGCGCGAGAUAACGGGGGCCGAUGCGUCGGUGAAAAUCUUUCAGGGGCUAGGAUCUCUCGGUUGUGGGGUAACGAUUUUCCUGCUGGCCGUCGUGCCAAGUUGCGAGCAUCCGACGUGGGCCAUCCCGAUUUUGAUAUGUCACGGCAUCUCCUUCUCCUGCUCGAUCCCCGGCUUCUUCACGGCCUUGGUGUCCAUCGCCCCUCCCUACACCGGCACGAUGACGUCACUUGGCCGUACCUGCGCUACUCUAGGAAACAUCUCCGGCGCCAUGAUGAUGUCGUUGAUAGAUAAAAUGAACUGGCCCAACAAGUGCUCACGUGUCGUUUUGGGACUUGGUGACGGCUUCAUCAUCCCGUGCAUCAACACCGUCAUCACACGCCUCGCCUUCUCCUGCAUCAUCCCCGGCUUCUUCACGUCGCUGCUGCUCAUCGCCCCGCCGUACACCGGUACGAUGACGUCGGUCGGCCGCAGCUUUUCGAUGGUCGCCAACAUUUCCGGGGCCAUGCUGAUGUCGUUGAUUGAUAAAAUGGGCUGGAAGAACAAGUGGCUGAUCAUCUUCUCGCUCGACGCCUUCUCCCAGCUCACCAGCGGCGUGUUUUUCAUCUUUUAUGGGAAAGCUACCAUACAAGAAUGGGCAAUCCCCGCCACAACCACCAUCCCAACCCUCAACACCCCAGCCACCUCCGAGGCGGCCAUCGACUUGAAU